AUGGUGGAAGUGCAACCCCAAAGUUUGGAUAGAAUCAACACUCUUCCUCAAGACACAAUUGAAAAAAUUCCGACUCUUUUGCCCAUCCAAGAUGCACUGAGGACGAGCGUUUUGUCAAAGAAAUGGAGGCAUUGCUGGAAGGGAAUGCCUAAACUUGUAUUUGAUGACAAGUACUUGAAUUGCUCAUCAAGUAGCAAAGAAAUUAACAAAUAUAAGUUUGUCACUACCAUCUUCCAUGUUUUUUUGCUACACAAUGGUCCAAUAUUAGAAUUCAGUAUCUCUAUUAAUAUUGAUACAGAAAUUGAUGAGUGA